ACCCGUCCAUUGAGCAAGCCUCUCCAUGGCAGAUGCCGGUGAGGACCCCACCAUAUUCACUGCCCACACUCUGCCCAGUGACCCCCGGCUCUGGGCCACCGUGACCAACGCAUACUUGGGCACACGUGUGUAUCACUGUACAUUGCACGUGAAUGGCAUAUACAACGGGGCCUUGGGGGACACACAUCGAGCCAUUCUACCCAGUCCCCUCAAUGUCCAGCUGGAGGCCCCUGCAGAGACAGGAGAGCAGCCAACUACGACCUUUGUUCUGGACACUAACACAGGCUCCUUUCUGCACACCCUGGAGGACUCUAGCUUCCGGGCCUCCCAGCGCAUCUACGCCCACCGCACAUUGCCACACGUCCUGGCCUUCAGUGUAUCCAUCACCCGCUUAGCCACGGGGAGCUGGCCCAUCACCAUGCUGCUGCGGUCUGCCUUCUCCCCAGAAAGCCCAGACUUGGACCUGCAUCUGGGGCCUGACUUCCAGGGAGCCCGGUACCUGUAUGGCCACACACUCACCCCUGAGCAGCCUGGGGGACUGCAGCAAGAGGUACACAUGCUGUGGACACCAGUGCCCCCUGCCCUGACCCUUGGAGAAGGCGAGGAGGACAGGACCUGGGAGUUCCUGACUGUAGUGGGUGGCAGCCAGGCUGAGGCCGAGGCCUGCCUCACCGAGGCCCUGCAGCUGCAGGCCAGGGGCGCUCUGUACACUGCCCAUGCCCAGGCCUGGGCCCAACUCUGGGAAGGCUGUGGCUUGGAUGUGGUGGGGCCCCUACCCCUGCGCCAGGCCCUGCGUGGUGCCCUCUACUACCUACUCAGCGCCCUGCCCGAGCCUGGGGGCCCAGGAUAUGUCUGCCACGGACUCAGCCCUGGGGGCCUCUCCAACGGGAGCCGUGAGGAAUGCUACUGGGGCCAUGUGUUCUGGGACCAGGACCUCUGGAUGUUCCCGAAUGUCCUCAUGUUCCAGCCAGAGGCGGCCAGGGCUCUCCUGCAGUACCGCAUCCAGACACUGGGUGGAGCCCUGGACAAUGCCCGGAACCUGGGCUACCAGGGAGCCAAGUUUGCCUGGGAGAGCGCGGGUUCUGGCCUGGAGGUCUGCCCUGAAGACAUUUAUGGGACCCAGGAAAUCCACAUCAACGGGGCCGUGGUACUGGCCUUCCAGCUGUACUACCACAGCACUCAGGACCUGCAGCUCUUUCAAGAGGCUGGUGGCUGGGACGUGAUCAGUGCUGUGGCUGAGUUUUGGUGCAGCCGUGUAGAGUGGAACCCUGCAGAGGAGAAGUACCACCUGAAGGGAGUCAUGCCCCCCGACGAAUACCAUUCAGGGGUUAACAACUCGGUGUACACCAACGUCCUGGUCCAGAACAGCCUGCGCUUUGCUGCUGCCCUGGCCCAGGACCUGGGUCGGCUUGUCCCCAGCCGUUGGCUGGUGGUGGCUGAUAAGAUCAAGGUGCCCUUUGACAUGAAGCAGAAUUUCCACCCCGAGUUUGAUGGAUAUGAGCCUGGAGAGGAGGUGAAACAGGCAGAUGUUGUGCUCCUGGGGUACCCCAUCCCCUUCUCCCUGAGCCCUCAAGUUCGCAAGAAAAACCUGGAAAUUUACGAAGCUGUGACAUCCCCCCAGGGCCCGGCCAUGACCUGGAGCAUGUUUGCUGUGGGCUGGAUGGAGCUGAAGGACCCAAGGCGGGCGUGGGACCUCCUGGAAAGGAGUUUCGCCAACAUCACGGAGCCCUUCAAGGUGUGGACAGAGAAUGCAGACGGGUCUGGUGCUGUGAACUUCCUGACAGGCAUGGGGGGCUUCCUGCAGGCGGUGCUCUUCGGGUUCACUGGGUUCAGGAUCACCAGGGCUGGUGUGACCUUUGACCCCAUGUGUCCGGCCGGCGUCUCUGGUGUGUGUGUCUCUGGCAUCUGCUACCAGGGGAACAAGCUUGACUUUUCCUUCUCCGAGGGCUCUGUGAUGGUUGAGGUCAGGACCCAGGCAGGGCCCUGGGCCCCCCCACUGGAGAUCGAGCUGUGGCCAUCACAAGCUCGGCUCCCCCUGCCCCCAGGGUGGCUCCCUCUUCCUGCAGGACACAAGGUCUCCUUCCCCUGUUCUGCUGGCCGGAUACAAAGGUCACUCUUGUAGGAAGCAGAGGCAGCAAGUUCUGCUCCAAGAAUAUCCUGGGAGAAACUUUUGAAGACAUUGGAGCCCACAGUACCCCCUGUGGGACACCUUUGGGCACUCUAACCCCACAGAGUCCCUCAUGUGGUGCUGUCCUGGGCCCUGCCCCUGAACCAGCAGUGCUGUUGGCUUUAGGGACAUCUCUGGGGUCCUCCCCUCUGGCACCCCUAUGCAGCUGCAUCCACUCCUCCUGGUCACCCUCCUGACCUGCCAUCUGCCUCCCACUUACCCUUUCCCUGGCAGCCAGGCUCAUGGGCUCCAGGAAAGAUCUGGACUCUUUGGCCUGAAGUUCAAGACUGCCUCUAGCCAGAGCCCUUCUCUGCCUAAACACGCAUGGAUGGGUGGCUUACCCAUUGCCUCCCACACCAGCAUGUCUGCUUCUGCCCCUCUAGGCUGACACCUGCACGCACACACACACUCACACACACUGUGCCUCAAGUCCCUUCCCCAGGGAGGGUGGAGAGGGGCAGACAGCUCUGCCUUGGAGGCAGAGGCAGGCUUGGGCCCUGAAUGGGGGAGCUCGCCCUGUGGAAUUACUCUGUCAGCCACAGCCUCACCACAAAGAACUUUCUAUGUCACGAUAGUGAGGAUCCGUCAUGGUUGGAUCCAGGUGCUCUUGGGGCUGUCCUGGGAACUCAGCAUCCUCAGUCCUUGACUCCUCUGGCCUCUCGGCCACUCCAGUCAGGUUGGACAUCCCCAUCACAUGCCUUUCCUCGGCCAAGUGGGGUGCAGAGCAAGACCCCAUAUCUCCUCUCUGGCCAGCCAGAAGGACUGAGCCAAGUGCACACGGGUUCAAGGCUGCGGACCUGGGCCCAUCUGUCCUGAGAAGGCUGCUCUGGGCUGGAGGCUCUGCCCAGCUUCUGCUGGGGCCUCAGCCCCACAGUUGGCACCUCAAACUUAGGUCCUCAGGGGUUUCCCAAGAAUGAGGUGAGGUGUCAUCUGCCAUGGAAAUCUUGGUAAGGGCUCUGCCUGAGGUGUUAAAGUUGGGGCUGGGAAAAGCUGCGUCUGGAAGUGAGGGAGGUAAUGGAUCAAGUUUUCAACCAGUAACUUGCUCCCUUAGAGUGAAUAGGUGGAUCCUGUCACCCCAGCCCCUCCCACCCUCCUCCCUCUGACCAUGUGUGUUCUGGACAGAAGUAGUCCAAGUCCUCCAAGAAGCAGACACCAGGCAGACAAACUGUGAUGGAUGGAGGAGGGUAGAGGCCUUUGGGAUCCUAGGCCCAACUCUGUGGCUGCCGGGGAGAGGGGCAGCACAGGGGACAGAGUGGCGUCCAAGGGAGGUGGCCAAGUUGCAAACCAGCACGCAUAUCAGUACCAGCUCCCCGAGGCCCUUGGUGGUGCUCUCAGGUGCCCACAGGCUCUCUUUCACCAUCGGAGGUACCAGCAGGCCUGCUAAAGCAGUAGGGACUGUCCCAGUGCAGCAGCCCUGGAGCCAGGUGCAGCAGUAUCAUGUUCCAUCAGUACACAGCCACCUGUGUCUAUAGCAGGGUGACGCAACCCUCUGAGGGACUGUGGGUGGCAGUGCAUGCAUGCUGGACUCAGGGCCCCUGAUAGCCAAUGGCCUAAACUUGAUCAGGGUCCCUCGGGCUGCCCAGGACACAGCCUGGGUGCUGGUGACCUUACCCCACCUGGCUUGACCACACACUCUGUCCUCAGCACCGGGGCACAGGCUGGACAGUCUUCACAACCCACAGACCGCCCCACGCUGGGGACAUGUACCUGGCCACACACAGGUUGACCCCUGCUCCCAGCCUCUCUACCCAGCAUGUGUUGGUCCCUUCUUGGGCCAAACCUGGAGUUGGCAGGCUAUCUCCAUCCUGGUCCAAGCACUGGCACACUGUCUUUGUCCUUGUUCCAACAUGGGACCAGUGCCCAGCACAAGCCAGUGCUGUGUCUCCAUCACCAGGCCCCAACCAGCACACACCCCUGCUUCCGGGGACUGGCUCAGGACAGCGCACACUCCUCAGCUUGAGGCUGGAAUGCUGUGGGCCUGUGGCCUGGGGUGCUGUCUCUGCUGGUACACUGGAGAUAGCUAGGCCAGCUGUUGGGUGUCACAGGGAGGGGAGGGAAGGGGGUACUUUGGGGACUCCAAGUACAGCAGUUAAACAGACCUCCACCCCCAGGCCAGGCAGAGCUGGCAGGCGAGGGGGGCUCCCUGGGGAUGGGACCCUGGGUGGGGUGCUCAAAAUCCUGAACCACCCUGUUCUUAAGGCCCCUGCAAUUAGCCUGCCCUGUCAUUGGCCCAGCCACAGCAAGGCCCAGGGGACCUUACCCCCAGCCACACAGGGUGUGCGCAUGUGUUUAGCAACCCUCCUCUCCCAGACCACUGGUUCAGGGAGUGUACAAGGGAGGUGACAUACAAGGACAUGCAUCUAGCACC